AUGAAAGCAAGGAGAAAAAUUCUACAGGACGCAUGUCCAAAAAACACCAAGUUAGCACUUGCCACAAACGCAAGCAGUAUUCUGGCUGGUCGUCCAUUUUUGUGGGUAGACGACAGACACAGUCUGAUAUACUGUGAAAUACCAAAAGUGGGCUGUACGAACUUUAAACGUUUGAUGUAUGGGCUCACGGCAAACGCAGAUAUUACAGAAUACAAAGACAUUGGGGCGUAUGAAGUGCACUAUAAAUAUCAGAAGUUUUUGGUGCCCCUGUCUGACUUUUCCGAAUUUGGAAUCAAGUUCCGUCUUGCAAACUAUCUGAAAGUUGUUCUUGUGAGGCAUCCCUUUGAAAGACUAGUGUCUGCUUACAGGAACAAAUUAGAGAAACUCAGCGCUUUUUCACGUCAAAUUGGGGCCUAUAUCAAACCUUUCAUGAGAUCCCCGGGGAUGAAGAGCGCGCCGCAAGAAGGGGACGGAAUUUCAUUUGCUGCGUUCGUCAAAUACAUUAAUGUCUAUUCUCAGCUUUCUACUAAACCGUUCAACCCGCACUGGAGAACUUAUAACGAGUUGUGUAAUCCAUGUGACGUCAAAUAUGACGUCAUUGUGCGAUACGAAACUAUCCAACAUGAUGUCAGCAUGUUGCUUAAACUGUUGCGCGUGGCUGAGAAGUUCAAGUACCCUGAUGGUGACAUGUCAUCUGUGUCGUCUGCAGGAGUUUGGAGGUCCUAUUUCGCCAACGUGCCCUCUUCAGAUCUCAACGAACUGAAGGGAAUUUACAAACUAGACGCUAAAUUGUUCAACUACACUUUCAAUUAAGAUCUAAUGCAGCUUACAAAUUUAAAAAAGAAGAGUUUAAAAAAAGGAAGUGAGAUCAGAUCGAUCUUUUUACUAGGCCUACUACAUACAGUAGAGCUUUUUCACCGCAUUCAAACCUAUACAUUAUUUAUGUCUCCUCAUUAACCCAACCCGACUGCCAGUUUUACACGUCCCUUCAAACAGUCAAAAGGUGCUUACGUUUCCUGUAAGCUAACCAUAAUGUAAAACCUUUUGUGAUCUUAUGCCGUCACCGAUUAUAUAGCAGAAAUGACAAGAGGAAAGUUCAAAUAUUCAGAGCAUCUGUCUGGUAGGCCUAUGUGUAUAAAAAUCGCAUCGGUUGUUUAACCUUAGAGUUUAAAAUCCUGCGGGUGUGCGCAGGAGAAUGCAUCCACUUUCGUCGCUAUUUAGAUUCUCUAGAAUACCUGGCGACCAAUAUUUGCACCCUC